AUGGCUUCUGGAAAUGGUUCUUUUGUGACUCAAUUCAUUCUGUUGGGAUUAACAGACCAACCAGAUCUCCAACUCCCUCUGUUUUUCCUGUUUCUAGUAAUGUAUAUGGUCACUGUGAUGGGCAAUUUGGGCUUGAUAAUUCUAGUUGUGCUAAAUUCACACCUACAUACCCCUAUGUACUUUUUUCUCUUCAACCUGUCCUUCAUAGAUCUCUGUUACUCUUCUGUGUUUACACCCAAAAUGCUGAUUAACUUCAUAUCAGAGAAGAAUAUUAUUUCUCUCAUGGGGUGUAUGACCCAACUUUACUUUUUCUGUUUUUUUUUUGCUAUUUCUGAGUGCUAUGUGCUGACUUCAAUGGCCCAUGAUCGCUAUGUGGCCAUCUGUAACCCCCUGUUGUAUAACAUUGCCAUGUCUCCUAAAGUGUGUUCCAGCCUUAUGCUUGCUUCCUACUUGAUGGCAUUUUCUGGUGCCACGGCUCACACUGGGUGCAUGCUGAGACUGACCUUCUGUGAUGCAAAUACCAUCAACCAUUACUUCUGUGACAUCCCUCCUCUGCUCCAGCUCUCCUGCACAAGUACCUACAUCAAUGAUAUGGUAGUCUUCAUUGUGGUGGGCAUCAACAUCAUUGUGCCCAGUCUCACCAUCUCUGUCUCUUAUGGUCUUAUCCUCUCCAGCAUCCUUCACAUCAGCUCCAGGAAAGGCAGGUUUAAAGCGUUCAGCACCUGCAGUUCCCACAUAAUUGCUGUGUCUCUGUUCUUUGGAUCAGUUGCAUUUAUGUAUCUCAGACCAUCUGCUCAAUCUGUGGAUGAGGGAAAAAUCUCUUCUGUCUUUUAUACCAAUAUAGUUCCCUUGCUGAAUCCAUUAAUUUACAGCUUGAGGAACAAAGAUGUUAAACGUGCUCUGAGAAAAACCCUGGGUAGGAUAUAG